CGCCUGUCACGUGGUUCCGGCGCAAAGAUGGCGGCCACCAAGCGGGUGCUGUACGUAGGCGGGCUGGCGGAGGAGGUGGACGAGAAGGUGCUGCACGCCGCCUUCAUCCCCUUCGGCGACAUCACCGACAUCCAGAUCCCGCUGGACUACGAGACGGAAAAGCACCGCGGGUUCGCCUUCAUCGAGUUCGAGCUGGCGGAGGAUGCAGCAGCAGCGAUUGACAACAUGAACGAGUCCGAGCUCUUCGGCAGGACAAUUCGGGUGAACUUGGCCAAACCUAUGCGAAUUAAAGAAGGAUCAUCCAGACCUGUCUGGUCAGAUGAUGACUGGCUGAAGAAGUUUUCGGGGAAGACUUUGGAGGAGAAUGCAGAGGAGGGAGGAGCAGAGGCCUCCAAAACAGAGGUGCAGGAGGGUGAGCCUCCUGCCAAGAAAUCCCGGGUCAUCCCUCAGGUUUACAUGGACAUCAAGAUCGGGAACAAACCUGCGGGGCGGCUGCAGAUCCUCCUGCGCUCGGAUGUGGUGCCCAUGACCGCAGAGAAUUUCCGCUGCCUCUGCACCCACGAGAAAGGCUUUGGCUUCAAAGGGUGCAGCUUCCACCGCAUCAUCCCCCAGUUCAUGUGCCAGGCUGGUGACUUCACCAACCACAACGGCACCGGAGGCAAAUCCAUCUACGGGAAGAAGUUUGAUGAUGAAAACUUCAUUCUGAAACACACGGGGCCAGGGCUGGUAUCGAUGGCAAACUCGGGCCCAAACACCAACAGCUCCCAGUUCUUCAUCACGUGUGAGAAAACAGACUGGCUGGACGGGAAGCACGUGGUGUUCGGGGAGGUGACGGAGGGCAUGGACGUGGUGCGGCAGAUCGAGGCUCAGGGCACUAAAGACGGGAAACCGAAGCAGAAGGUGAUUAUCUCAGACUGCGGAGAGUGCCCCUGAGCUCGACCUUUGCAUGGGCUGAGCCUGGCCAGGAGGGACCCGACCGGGGUACUGUUGCCCCGUGGUGCCCCAGCAGUGCCCAGCUCCCGCGGCUCCUGGCGUGACUCCUGCUAAGCUUUUGGUGUGAACAUGCCCACGGACCGUGCUGUCCGGUCCGAUCUCUGCGGGGAUAAACCGCUUCCAGCCCAUGCUGCCCCGAGCAGGGCAGGGCUGGUCCUGCUGCUGUGUUCAGAGGGACUCGAUUUGGUAGAAAUAAAACGUAGUUUUACACAUACCAAAGGCCUA